AUGGACCAGUCCAAUGAUUUAUGCUAUAUAGACGAACUGCUUCCAGAAUGCAAGAAUCACAUCUUUCAGUUCCUCUCACUUCAGGAUUGCCUCCGCUUCACAUCGACUUCGAAAAGAAGUCUCAUUUCUGCCUUGCCGCAACUCUGGCAACGGAGACAAGAACAAUUCUAUCAACGCUAUUGUUAUCAAAUUGAAUCCCCAAACUUACUACAGAGGUGGUCCAAGAAAUGGGAUCCAGCAUCCGCUGCUGAUACAACCACAAAAAGUGCCGAAGAUGAUACCAUAUUCUGUUCACCAUUGGUCGACCAGAAUCAUUGGCAUGUCAUUCCUGCUGUCGGCGAGCGGAUUACUCAAUUGUAUCAAUGCGUUCCAGCGACUCAUCCUUCCAAUAAUGAGUUGCGGGCCCUCAAAACGGAUCUGGAACAAGAUGGGAACAGCAGUAAAAAAUCACAACGAACAACUAUGAAUAGUGCCGACGACCAUGAUCAUUUCCAGGCAACAACAAGUCCCCUCCAAGAGCUUCGAAACUGCACUCGAGCGCACCAACUUCAUGCAUCCAUAUUGUCCAUGUCGACCGUAAAAUGCAACCCAAGACGUUGCGAUCGUUAUUCUACAACUGCCAGGACCAGGAUUGGCAGCAAGAAUGUCGCCAACAACAACAGUCUGAGUGCCACCUUGGAAACCUACAUGGGCGACGUCUUGGUGUCGUGUUACCUCAUGGGGCACAAAAUAUCCGGCAUUCUAGAAGGAGGGCCAUCACUUGACGAUUGGAAUCAGCAUGUCCUCUCCCUGCUGCGACCUGUGGAAGCUCAAAAAGCACUAUCGUGGUAUCAAUAUUGGGUGUAUUUGCACAGCACCUUAUUGAGAACCUUUCCCUUUUCAGUGGAGCAUGCUGCCAUCUUAUUGGGAAGUAGUAAGAGUGGAAUAUUGGGCCGAAGCAUUCCACAAGGUUUGUCAUAUAUCCAUCCCCAUUACUGCUACAUGGGACAGGAACCAAAGCAAGUCGAAAUGACGACCAAAAUAGUGCGAACCUUGUUGCUGCGACUGGCCAACCACGAGGCGGAUGCCGAACCACCUUCUACUCUUCUCCGAAUGGCACACCAAACAACCAUGAAUCAAUUUGGGCCAUUGGGACCAGCCUUUCGAGGUCGUGAUGAAAUUCGGACCCGCAUCAUGAAUCCUUUUUCCUUGUUGCAUCGACUCCACCAUCCAUCCUAUGCCCUGGCGUCUACCUGGUUCUUGGUGGAACAAAAGGAGCACAUCGUACUGGACUCGAGAACCUUUCAUGCAUGGUUCCGUGGGACGGAUACAGUGGUAGGCUGGAUGUUGGAACUCAAGCAAGAGUGUUCCAAGAGUCGGCCAAUGACAGUCAUGCCACCAGUGGUCACAGUGGAACCGAUUGCCGUCAGUGCAUUCCUGACGGAUAACGCUAUACAAUAA